AUAUUCUCGCUUCAUCAGAAUUUCUUCUGAUGGUUUCAGUCAGCCUUCUGGUGAUUCCACGUGCAUCUACCACACUGAAUCAACACGCGAUUUAGCGUCUUGAGCUGAGCAUUCCCAUGUCAUGACACGAACUAGGGAUGCCCAGGUGUGAUCAAAAGCAAGAUUUGUUCGAAAUUCGGCGCGUAUAUACUUAGUGCACGUUGUCUCCCUUCCCAGUCUCUUGGGUCGUGCUAAUUCGAGCACUACACAUCCCUUACCCUGACUCUCAGGUUCACUCAUGUGGGUAGACUCUGACGACGCUGGACAGGCAGUAACAGCUUUCCUCAAGUUUUCACUUAAAUACAUAAUUAUUACUAGAUAGUAUCUCAUCUGGAUUCCUCCUCUCAUUGUAUACUAUCUUCAGUCUAGAAGUCGAAUCCUGAUUGACCUCAACAUGGGGCUUCUACCGUUAAACUACCGGCGUCCCGACUACGUCAAUGACGAUGCUAUUAGAAGGAACGAUAGUAUAGCCCAGAGCGAGGAGAAGGUAGAUGGAUCUCUACGCUCCGGACGCUCUGGGGCUUCUUCGGGCAUCCCAGAUGCGCUCACGUUUGACAAGAUCAUCAGCGGUGGAACCUGUCCACCCUGCACAGUCCGAGAUUUCAUGAACUACCUCAUUUAUAUCGAACAUUCUGCCGAGAAUCUUCAGUUCUUCCUAUGGUAUCGUGACUACGUCAAGCGCUUUGACGCAGCUCCUGAUUCUGAGACGAUACUGUCUCCGGAAUGGACAGCAACAAUGGAGGAAGAAGCGACCGCCCAAAUCCAGAAGGAUGCCGCUGAUAAAGCCAGGAAGGGUCCCUCGGCAAUCAUGGAGAUUUUCAAGGGAACUGACUUUGAGAGGACCCCCGAGAGUGUUGUGGAAAACCGGAAUCCCUUUUCCACUCCUCCCAGGUCCUCACUCGGAGAUAAUGCGUCCUUCUCUGGAUCCCAAGCCACGACAUAUGUUAGUCAACCAGGCGAUGUCUUCCACACAGCCGGUGUCAAAGCGCCUUUCACCAUACAACCUUUCCGAACGGAGAUCAAUAGGGUCAUCGCUACUUAUAUCGUUGACGAUUCGCCUAGGCAGUUGAACCUCUCUGCCCGCGAACAGAAGGCCGUUGUCCAGGCUCUGUCCUAUACAACCCAUCCAUCAGCCCUCCGUACCAUCUUCCAGAACAUCGAGAACACGCUCAGAAGACAGGCACAUCCAAACUUCAUCCGUUGGGUCAUCUGCAAUGGUAAUCCUGCCCGCGUCACGUUUGCUCGCGGUCUGGGUGUGGGCAGCAUCCUCCUCGCGCUGAUUGGAUCAAUCAUCUUGACCCUGAGCACGGCGGGACGCGGGUGGCGCGCACUCUUCGCGAUCCUUUGGGUCUUCGGUAUUGCGACGCUCAUCACGGCCAUCAAGGGUAUGUGCGUGGUGCUCCACGGGUUGCACCACCGGCACGUGCGGCCUUGGGAGCUGUUCGUCGACGACAAUUCCACAGAUAUCGACGAGUUGUGUAACGGGAAGAGCAGCUUCGACUCGUUCGGCUCGAGCAACAGCUACGAGGAUGAGCCUUGGGUCGUCAAGUACCAGCGGCGGUUCUACGUGCGCAGGGUCUUCGACCGCGAGGUCUGGAUCCAGGAGCCCGCGCUGCGCCAGAUUCAAGACACCAUCUUCUUGCAAUCGAUGUUGAUGGCGACUCUGGGGGCAGGCGUGCUCACAGCCAUAUUUGUGGCUGUACCGGGUGGCAAUUUCUUUUAGGUAGACGGCAUGGCCUUCUUACACCAACGAUAUACCCAUCUAUCUGGAAGAUUUGGAAGACGUGGAAGCAGUUUCAGCAUUUGAUACUCUCCGGUCUCAUCCUCAUGUUCCAAUCCUCGAAUCAAAUAUACAGACAAAUUCACGGCGAUAAAAUAAUGGAGGGUUAACCAGAUCACCCAAGUAGGCUUAGUGUAGGUAUAUAUAGCUUGCGAUUACAUAAUAAGUAAUUUAUCCUUGACAUAAGUCGAGGGGUUAUCUAUCUCCAAUUACUACAGUGUAUAAGUCAUGUUAAUCAAGCAGCUGCGAUAC